GAAGACCGAUCUGGGAAAGGGCCCCCCUGUCCCAACACAACACCUAACCGCCCCAUAGGCAAGUCAACAGCAUCGCCUCCUUUAGGGAAACUCUCUUCCUUAGCUGUUGGAAGGAACUCCCUUCCUCCCACAGCUCCAGCCCUGUUGCUCCUACUUUUCAGCAGUGUGUGCUGACCAGAGCAGAAAACAGCCUGAAAGCGCCUGAGCCUGAGAACCAAGAGCUGCAGGAGCAAAGGAACAGGAGAAAUCCUCAGCAUAGAGGGAGAAGCAGCAGCAGCAGAGUGGAACUGCACAGGCAUCAAGCGGAGGUAACCUGCAGCAUUGCUGACAACUCCUUCUUUCCAUUGAGACAGCAGCGCAGUUCCUGCCUAACGCAAAACACAAGUCCCAGAGCUGCCAGCCACCCCUCUUCAGGAGCACUGUGGUGCAGUCUUGAAGCCGUGCCACUGGGAGACGCUCAGAGAUGGCUGAAGGAGAAAUAACAACAUUCACCGCCCUGACUGAAAAAUUCAAUCUUCCACUGGGGAACUACAAGAAGCCCAAACUCCUGUACUGCAGCAAUGGAGGUUACUUCUUGAGGAUCCUUCCAGAUGGCAAAGUAGAUGGGACAAGGGACCGAAGCGACCAACACAUUCAGCUGCAGCUAAGUGCGGAAAGCGUGGGUGAAGUAUAUAUAAAGAGCACUGAGUCUGGACAGUUUUUGGCUAUGGACACCAAUGGACUUUUAUAUGGAUCACUGUUACCGGGUGAGGAAUGCUUGUUCUUGGAAAGAAUGGAAGAAAAUCAUUACAACACGUACACGUCUAAGAAGCAUGCAGAUAAGAACUGGUUCAUUGGCUUAAAGAAGAAUGGAACCUGCAAACUGGGACCGCGGACUCACUAUGGCCAAAAGGCCAUCCUUUUCCUUCCACUGCCCGUGUCAGCUGAUUAAGAGAAGUAUCCAGGGUGCCAUAAAAUGACCCCGAGUCUUAAGUACCAACUACUAUUCAUCCUCUCUCUCUUUCAGUGGGCAGUGUGACAAAGAGCUUAAUUUGAGAUCCAGAAAUUUUAAAUCUAAAUGCUUUAAAAAUAAAAUAGAGCUAUUUAAUUUUGUACCAGCCAAGUUUAAUGUGGAGGCGAGGAAAACACUUGUAGAGCAAUGGGCAGGUUGUCUCUCCAAUGCAUUCUUGUUGACAGGUCUCCAUUGUCAGACCUGUGCAACAUAAAGCAUGUGUGAGGCAUUUUGAGGCAAAAUAUGUGCACUGAAAAAUGCAAAAGGUCUCCAGAGAAUAUGCAUAAACUCUUUUUUUAAAAGGCGCACACAGGACUGUUACUGCCCUAAACGCAUGGCUUACUAGAACACUAAAUCAAGAAGUUAUGACCAGGGGAAAAUACACACCUAGAGAGAACAGGUUCAUGUUUUAUAUUUCCAUAAAAGUAAAACAUCCCUAGAAUACAUAGGCAUUUUAAUGCAAUCUAGACAGUAUCUAAUAUACACUUCAAAAAAUUUAACUGCAUCAGUAUUCAAUUUAUCAACUGAAAGCAUAGUCAAGAAUUAUGCACCUAUCCCAAUUAUGUACAACUCAACUAACCAUGACUCAUAUUCUUGAAAACUAGACAUCUAAGCCAGUCAUACGCUACUAAUAUUACGAUAUUUCUUGUUAAUAUCCUUCACAUAUAAUUUGUAUUUAUUUAUUAAGUGACUCUGUAUACAUUAUAAAGAGUUCAAUAAUAUGAAUUACAGGCAGUCAAAGGCAGUUAAUGUUAUCUCAAGAAGGAUGCAGAUAGGAUAAAGAGGAGUACGAUUCUGACAAGAAAAACUGAGAGAAAGGUCAUGGGGGAAAGGGAAGCAAUCAUGGAACUACAAUACCAGGGUGGAUAAAAAUCAAUUAUUUAAAAAAAAAUGG